AAUAUAAUUUUUCUCAACAAAUCUUGCAGAUUUGACUCACUACUAGGCAACUGAAUAUAGAACUUCAUUUUAAUGUGUUUCUUGCAUUUUGUUUAUGAGACAGAGAAUCAGAUCAACUAUCACAGUUUUGUUUCAGCUUGGCUUUAAAAUGAAAAGAACACUGUAAAAACACAAACAAACCAAUGAAACACAUUCUAACCAUGUAUUUGUGCUUAAUGCUAGCAAAGGACAUACUCGAACCUGAAGCGAUUGAGAGUCUAUUCGGGGACGAGCAAACUGAGGCGAGCGUAGUAGGAGUUGAAAAGGCAAAGGAUGGAAAGGGAAGUGGACAGGAUACGCGUAGUAAGACAGACAAGGUAAAGUGUGAAGAGAUAACUGAUGAGGAAGAAAAGAAAAAGUGCGAAAAGAAGAUGAGAGAUAGAGCAAAGUGUGAAGAGAUAACUGAUGAGGAAGAAAAGAAAAAGUGCGAAAAGAAGAUGAGAGAUGGUGCAAAAAAAGAUGGUACGAAAAAGGAUAAGGAUAAAGAGAAAAGUGGUGGUGCGACGGGUGAGGGUGACGUUAAAAAGCAGGAAUCCAGCGGUGAGGCAACGGGUGAGGGUGACGUUAAAAAGCAGGAAUCCAGCGGUGAAGCAACGGGUGAGGGUGACGUUAAAAAGCAGAAAUUCAGUGGUUCGGAAAAGAAAAUGAAACAGGAAGCGACUACGGGUACGAGUGGUGAUGAUAAGAAUUUGGUAGUGAGUAAGGGUGCCGGACAAGACAGCUCGGGUAGUGGUUCAUCGGGUGAGGGAACGGAUAAUAGCAAAACGACCUUUCAUAUUGAAAUAGUAAAGAAACCGUACACGCCAGAAAAAUCAGACUCAAAUGACAAUGCAAGUGGUGAUAAAAAAAUGGAAAAGGAUGCGGACAAAGCCAUGACAAAAGAGUCAGAGAGCGAACAAAGUAUUGAGGGACAAAAGGCUGGAUCUGAUGGAACAAAAAAACAGAGUGCCGAAGGAUCGAGUUCUGCUGGCAAAAAAGAUGGAAAAGAGACAAAAGACGAUGAAAAAAGUCCCAAGGAUAAGAAUAAUGACAAGUCAAAACCUAGCAUCAUAGAUAAGCUCGUAAACAUUGGCGAAGAAAAGAAAUCCUCCUCCAACAAGGACGAUGAUGAUGAGAAACAAAACAAAUCCUCAGACUCCGAUGCUGGAAAGAAGAACCAAGCUCUCUUCACUGAUGAAAAUGAUACUCAAAAGCUCAAAUCAGAAAAUGAUGCGGAUGGUUCUUCCAAAGCCGAUGAAAACAAAUUAGCUGAAGGCCAACAAGCUCAACCUCCACCACAGAACGGUCCAGGCGGACAGCCCCCGGGUGCUGAUCAAGGUAAAAAACCUGAAGACAAGGCUAAAGACAUAAUGCAGCAGGCUGGUCAAUCCGCUAAUCAACAGGCCAACAAAGAAAAGAACAAACAGAAGGGAGGUGCACAACCGCCUGGUGGUAAACAGCAACCUGAAAAGCCUGACCAACAAAAGGGUCAUCCACCGGGUAAUAAUAAAGGAGGUAAUCCGCCUGGUGGUAAUCCUCAAGAUAAGAAACCACAGGCUCCCGGAGGUAACCCUCCAGACAAAAACAAGAAGCCACCGGAACAAGACAAGGACAAAAAGCCACCGGAACAAGACAAGGACAAAAAGCCACCGGAACAAAACAAGGACAAAAAACCACCAAUGCCAGUUCCACCACAGAAAGAACAAGCUCAGAAGACUCCAGAGCAGGCGCAGUCGUCAUCAAGCAGCAUGUCAUCAUCCUCAAUGCAGACAGAGGCUGAGCAAACCACACAAGCUGCCCAGCCACCGCCCAUGCAAUUAAUCAAGGACCUUGAACAAAUCGACAUUUUCAGCCCUGAAUACGAGAACAACCUCAAAAAGAAGAAAAGCAUCAGCUCAUCCGUGCAACUCAGUAGCGUCUCAUCAACUGCAUCGUCCACAACCAUUCAGCAAGAAUCUAGCUCAGCACUCAACAACGACACAAUACUUGAAAUUGUUAUUAAAGAUGGCGACUCUAAAGAAAAUGGAAAGAGUAUAAGAAAGAUUCUGCGUAAUUUACAGGGUAAUGUUGAUCAGAACACAUUGGUGGAUCAGAUAUUGAACACGUUAAAUGAGAAAAAUGAUGUCAAUAAGGUCGAGGUGAUGGAUCAGGGCAACAAGUCCGGAGAUGUUGUCAAUAAGUUGUUAUGCAACGGUGAAGACUGCAAAGAUAUCAAGAAUGAAUCUGAGCUCUUCGGAAACAAAAAGAGCAAGAAGAGCAACAGCUACUGGACAGUAAUUCUGGGUGACCAUGGGCCUGAAAGUGUUCUUAUAAAAGUACAAACAAUGACAGUUAUUCAAUCUGUAAUCCCUAUUACUUCGUCAAUGGUGAUUCCUACGAUUAAUACCAAGAGUAUGUCCCAAAUGUACACUAGCCCGGGAAUAGAGAAGGUUAAAACGAUCGGAAGCUUUGGUGAUCUGUUUAACCUUGGUUCUAUCGGGGCAUCCACCAGCACGAUUAGCAAGAGCAUUGAAUGGGCGGAGAAACCCGAGAAAACGGAAAAGAAAGAUUCUAAGAAGAAAGAGGUAAAAGAAGAGAAAGAGGGUAAGAAAGAAGAGAAAGAGGGUAAGAAAGACAAGGACAAAAAGAGAGAUAGACGUGAGAAAGAAGAUAAAAGUGAUAAGGAAGACAAAAGUGAUAAGAAGGAAAGGGGUGAUAAGGAAGAUAAAGGUGAUAAGGAAGAAGAAAAGAAGAAGGGAAAGAAAUCUAAAACAACAGAGGAUGAAGAUAAAGAGGAAAAGGCGACAAAGGAAGAUAAGAAGGAUAAAGAAAAGAAGAAGAAAGAGAAGGAAAAGAAGAAGACGAUGAGAUGA